AUGUCAGUGGUGGCAUCAUUGAGAGGGAUUGCUUCCAUCCUGCCUUUUUUACCAACAAGCCCAGUGACUUUAAAGGAAGUUAAGGUAACACCUCAGAUUUGGGUUUCCCAUAAGUGGAAUUUGAGGCUGGGACUAGUGUCAGGACACCUAUCUGUCGGGUUAGGAGUGUUGAUGCUAUUAAUUUUUCUGCCAAGCAUGUACUGUCAGCUGGAAUCAAUGUAUUAUUCUUUCCAUGAAAUAAUCAUUCCUAAGAGGCUAACAGUCCAGGAAAGGGAUAAGCCAGUAGAAAAGCUCUCCUACAUGGUAUUGAUGCAGGGCCAGAAGCAGCUGGUUCACCUGAAGGUAAAGAGAGACUAUUUUGUGAAUGACUUUCCAGUCUACAGUUACCACAAUGGCAUGCCAAGGCAAGAAAUACCUUUCCUCUCACAGGACUGCCACUAUGAAGGCUACAUCGAAGGGGUGCCAGGCUCUUUUGUUUCCGUCAACACCUGUUCAGGACUCCGGGGAGUCCUGAUUAAGGAGGAAACAUCCUACAGCAUUGAGCCCCUGCUCUCCUCCAAAGGGUUUGAACAUGUCCUGUACAUCAUGGUACGUCAACCUCGAGUCUUCUGCAGUGUUACUUCCAAAGACAGCCAGGCGGUUGCCAGCCAGCAGCAAAAGAGCAGGAAGCCUCUUGACAACUUGUGGUCACACACCAAGUAUGUGGAGAUGUUUGUCGUGGUCAACCACCAGAGGUUCCACAUGUGGAGAAGUAACAUGAGUGUGACUGUCCAGGCAGUAGUGGACAUCAUUGCUCUGGCCAACAGCUUCACUAGGGGAAUAAACACAGUGGUGGUGCUGAUGGGAAUGGAAAUUUGGACUGAGGGUGACCUGAUUGAGGUCCCAGUGGACCUGCAAGUUACACUCAGGAAUUUCAACCGCUGGAGACAGGAGCAGCUCUGGAACCGGGCAAAGCAUGAUGUUGCCCACAUGAUCGUCGGGCAUCAAUCUGGAGAGUACUCAGGCCAAGCAUUUCUCGGUGGCGCCUGUUCAAGCGGGUUUGCUGCGGCUGUCGAGUCCUUCCAUCAUGAAGAUGUCCUCCUCUUUGCAGCGCUCAUGGUCCAUGAACUUGGGCACAACCUGGGUAUUCAACAUGACCUCCCGGCCUGCCUUUGUAAAGAUAGGCACUUUUGCCUCAUGCACGAGAAUAUCACUAAGGAAAGUGGCUUCAGCAACUGCAGCUCUGACUACUUCCACCGUUUCCUCCAGGACCACAAAGGGGCCUGCCUAUUUAAUAAGCCCUGGAGCCAAAGCCACCAAAGGCACAAGCGCAGAGAAGCCCAGUGUGGAAAUGGUGUGGUGGAGGAAAAGGAGGAAUGUGACUGUGGUUCUGCUUGUGACAGUCACCCAUGCUGUGAACCAACAUGUACACUGAAGGAGGGUGCAGAGUGUGGUGAUGGGCUCUGCUGCCAUAAAUGUAAUUUCAAAAAGAAAGGGGUUUUAUGUCGUCCUGAUAAGGAUGUGUGUGACCUCCCAGAGUACUGUAAUGGUACUUCUGGAGAAUGUCCUGCAAACAGCUACAAGCAGGAUGGCACACCAUGUGACAGAAUUUAUUAUUGCUCUGGGGGUCAGUGUAGGAAUCCCGAUAAGCAGUGCACAGAUAUAUAUGGGUAUCCUGCAAGGUCUGCCCCUAAAGAUUGUUACAUUUCAAUGAACACCAAAGGGAACCGGUUUGGCAACUGUGGCCUUACCACUGGGUCUAACUCAGGAUAUGGAAUGUGUACCGAUGAUGAUAUAUUUUGUGGAAAACUGAUAUGCACAGGUGUUGACUACUUGCCACCAGUCAAACCACAGCAUACACUGAUCCAGGUUCCUUAUGGAGAGGACUGGUGCUGGAGCAUGGAUGCCUAUAAUACUACUGACAUCCCUGAUUAUGGAGAUGUGCAGAGUGGCACUUACUGUGCCCCAAACAAAGUCUGCAUGGAUUACACCUGCACUGAUCACACCAUACUCCAGUACAACUGUGAACCACAGGACAUGUGUCACGGGAAGGGAGUGUGCAACAAUUUAAGGCACUGUCACUGCGAUGACGGCUUUGCCCCUCCUGACUGCAGGAGCCCAGGAAAUGGGGGGAGUGUAGACAGUGGUCCUGUUGGAAAGCUACUUGAUCAAAAUUUUAGUGUAUUUUCAAGUAGCAGUGGUGGUAAGCGGAUGGAAGAGGAUGAGAUGGACAUGAAAGUGGUACUGCUUGUAGUCCCUAUAUUUCUUGUCCUAUUAUUGUGUGGUCUAAUGCUAAUCGCCUACCUCUGGUCUGAAGUACAGUCAGUAGUGGGCUCUUCAAGUUCUUCAUCAACCUCACUGUCUGAAAGCUCAACUCCACCAGAGCAAAGGCAACCUGGGCCAGCAGAGAAAGCACCACCCCCACCAGCAGGGGAAGCACCACCUCCACCAACAGGGGAAGCAUGA